CGACACUGCACUACACCGUCUCUCGUCCUCACCAUAUCAUCCGUACCCUCAGCACUCGGACAUGGAGCUAUGGACAAGGCCGCGGUCUGAUAUAUACGCGGCUCGCCUAAACUUGGAGCUGUCCUGGCAGUGGGCCUUUGACAGUGUCUACACCGGCGAUUCGGCGGCUUAUCGGCCUCGCAUAUCAAAGAGCGCGUUUGCUGCAGCCAACGUGGAUCACUUCCUAUUUGUCAUGGAGCAGGAAGAGCUGGUUGUCUGCGAGACGCACUACAGAAUUACGAAGGUGGCCGCAGAGCGUUUCGCGGAAGACGACUUCGAGAACGCAUGGAAAGCUUUAUCGGAAAGCAGGCGGCAAGAAAUCGUCUUGGAGGGCAUCUAUAGGCUGAUGGACCAUCCUGUCAUGAAAGAGAGGAGAGAGGAGCCCCGACUCUUCCCUGCAGAACUUGAUGUCCCGCGGUGGCGAAGAGUAUUCGCGCAUGUUAAAGUGCUUACUUCAUUCGAACCUCGAUGCGCCGCCCACGAAGCCUCUCGAGAUACCACAUACAGUUAUAGAUCGCAUACAUACACCUACGGAAGAUCAACUAGCGCAUCCCAGGUGUAGCACCGUCUCCCGCGCGUUGAGACUUAGCAGAAAAUAUUUUCUAUUGUUGGUCAUCUGGGACAUUAUGCUGACAUUCUACGGGAUGAGAGAAGCUCGACGGACUGUAAGAACUGCUCGGCCAUUGAUCAUCCCUACUGAAGGCGUCUCAGAGUCUGCCCUCCGUGAAGUCAUGAGAGAGCACAACGAGCUGCGCAAGCUUAUCCCAAAUGCGUGUUCUUAUUGCGGCCUGUCUGAGGACAGGAUGCCAGCUGGGCGGAAACUCCGAGCCCGCAGCAAGUGCCGCCAGCUUAACAGACGAGUGUUCCACUGCUCAAAGGAAUGUCAAACGAAGGACUGGAAGUUUGGCACUCUGAGGCCUCAUAAGCUCGUCUGCGGGAAGCCGCUGACCGUGGACACCAUAUCAGAGGCGAGCCCGACAGAGGCGGCGAAGACUGCGUCGUGGAUCCUGGACCCCGAUCCUAGCUUUACUCGCUCUCCUGCCCUUCUACAUCAGAUUUCACUACUCAGCGACCACCCUAGGGCAGAUUAUGUGGUGGGUGCUAUCUACCAUCUAGUCUAGGUCGUGCAUCGUGACUAGUUCGAACAGAAUGUGCGCCCGCAUCCUGAAGCAGACAAAGGCAUACGCCUCUCCGACGAGAAUGUGGGACAGUUAGUUACGAGCCGUGUACUUUACUUCGCCGUGCUGACCCAUGAGACUGUUUAGCGGGGAGACUUAUGUUUAGGGUCGUGCUCAACCGAGGUCCAUUCCCUCUA